AUGGCUCCAUUGACUUCUUUUCGGGGGAUGAUCUACUCCCUCCCGCCUUUUGAUGGUAAUCCAUUCAUCGACCACGCCAGUAUCACCACUCGAGACCUACACUCAACAGCUCCAUUGCUUCCUAGGACGCCGCCGCAGAUUAUCGCGACGGCGGUGGUAUCGGGACUCAUCCUAAUUACGGCGAUCAUUAUCGUCUUCAUGGUCUAUAAAUGUUGGGCGCGGACCACGACGCGUGAUGAGCCUGUUGUGUCCCAGACCAAUGCGGACCCCGGGAAUGAACACGCCGCCCGCGCUGCGUUGGCGGGCACAUCAAGCUUAGAGUUUGGCUUCGCACCUCGCUCUACCCGGGAAAUCGAGGAACGAGCUUUGAAUUGGGGGCGAAAUCAACCUCGUAGCGAUCGCACGCAGGGGGACAAUGUUGUGGCUCGUCCAGCCGCGGCCGUGACACGCGGUGCGGACAGGCAAGAAUCGCCGACCCCGGCCCCGGCCCCGCCGCCUUGUAAGCACCUUUCAGAUAGUAUUCUCCUCUUCCCCAUUUUUGGCAUCUGCCAUAUCCAGAAGGAUCUUCUCUGUUUACUUUCGAAACCUGGCUACCUGGAGCCUGCCAGGCAGGCUAGACGCGUACUGUGUCCAGCUUCACCCUCUUCCACAGCAUUCCUUCCCCAGCGCUCCGGUAGCUAA